AUGGCCAGACAUGGAACCAACACUGAUUUUACUGCACCCACUUUGCCCCCUCCCAAAAAAGUGCCUGCCCAACAGGCUUCCCAGUACAAACACAUUCCGCCCUCUGGUCACUCCCAGCAUGCACACCCAAUCAGGCCGUGGUUUCACCCAUGGAGCCAUAACCACAGAGACGUAGGGGCAGCAGAGGAAGGUCUUAGCGGAACAGCUGGUGCUGCUGAAGGACUGCGGAAGAUUCAAGGUGCCUGCACCUUUUCAUAUUUCCUUGUAUAUUUUGUCUGUCUGUCUGCCCUCAUCCUUUUCCUUCCAGGAGCCUCAGAAAUAGAACGGAGGCUCCAUCAGAAGCUUUUUGAGAACUACAACUUGAAAGUCAGACCAUCUCAGUACUGGGAGGAGAAGGUGAUGGUUAGAGUGGGCAUGACUCUGUCCCAGCUGGUCAGCUUGAAUGAGAAGAACGGCGAGAUGACAACCAACGUGUUCAUGAAUAUGGCUUGGACAGACUACAGGUUGUCGUGGAAUCCAGACGAAUAUGACAACAUUAAUGUUUUGAGAAUUCCUCCCAAUAAGGUGUGGCGUCCCGACAUCUACCUCAUAAACAAUAAUGACGGUCACUUUGACGUUGCUCUAUACGUUAACGUCCUGGUCUACAGUGACGGGACGGUCAACUGGCUUCCACCGGCCAUCUACCGCAGUUCCUGCUCUAUUGAGGUGGCAUACUUCCCCUUUGACUGGCAGAACUGCAGUAUGGUUUUCCGUUCAUACACCUACGACGCCUCCGAGGUGGACCUGCAGUACUUUCUAGACGAUGAUGGAAAAGAGAUCCAGGAGAUUGUUAUAGAUGAGAAUGCAUUCACUGAAAAUGGAGAAUGGGCAAUCUGUCAUAAACCCUCGAGGAAGAAUGUGAGGGAGAACCUAUAUGAGGACAUCACCUUUUACCUCAUCAUCCAGAGGAAGCCCCUGUUCUACAUCAUCAACAUCAUCGUGCCCUGCAUCCUCACCAGUGUCUUGGCUAUAUUUGUCUUCUACCUGCCUCCUGGAGCAGGAGAGAAGAUGACCCUCUCCAUAUCCGUACUCAUCGCCUUGACUGUCUUCAUGCUCCUAUUGGCCGACAAAGUCCCAGAGACUUCCCUCGGCAUUCCAAUUAUCGUCAACUACGUCAUGUUCACCAUGAUCCUGGUUACCUUCUCCGUCAUCCUGAGUGUGGUCGUCCUCAACCUGCACCACAGAACCCCGAGCACACAUAUCAUGCCAGUCUGGGUCCGAAAGGUCUUCAUCCACUUCCUGCCCAAAUACAUCGGUAUGACCAGACCGAUCCAAGAGGAGCCUCUGGAGAAGGAGGAGUCCAGUGAAGACACGCCCAUCCGAAGCUACAACGGACGGCAGCCUGGAGGGGAAUACUUCUUUCGCAAGAUUAACCCAGAUCUUGUCCUACCUUGGAGAGGCAGAUGUGAGAGUACAGUGCAGCUCCAGAGGCACCCAGGUACUGAUGGGUACUGUCUAAUCCUCCCUCCUAACCUGAAGUCGGCCAUCGCUGCAGUCACGUACAUGACUGAGCAGCUAAAGAAACAGGACACAGAUGACACGAUGACAGGAGACUGGCAGUUCAUCGCCCUGGUGUUGGACCGCCUCUUCCUGUGGUUGUUUGUCAUCAUCACCACUCUGGGCACCCUGGCCAUGUUCUUGGAUGCCAGUUUCAACUACACACCCGACAACCCUUUCCCAUAGUACCACACAAAACACACACAGACACACACACACAUACAUGCAUUUACACACAGCAC